UUGUUCAAAAGGACUCUAAAUUAACACUAAAUUCCUCGCCUCUUAGUUUCACGCAAACUGAACCCACGCCGCCACUGUCGCUCAACUGUCCACCGCCUCCGUAGCGCGUCCGCCGGGAACUGCUGCUCAGUUUCCCUCACGCGCGCCGCUCGCGCACAGUCGCGCGCCGUUCUCUCCUUCGGUUCUCUCUCUCUUCAGUUUCUGCUAAGCACCGCCACGCGCUGCCUGCAACCAGUCGCCGCCGACGUGCACCGCCUUCAGUCUUCAUCACAGCCACGUUGUCCCCGCUGCCGGAAGCCACUUUCCUCUACCGGAUUCCGCCGUUGCUGUUGUUGGAUUCGUGCAGUGGACAAAAUCCAGAAGGCUGAGUUCUGGGAAGUUGGAUUCGAAGCUUUGAAGGAGUUAGAGCCCUUAUCCAGCAAGGGUAUCGAGCAUUUGGACGUUUGGUUGGGUUUAUUGUUUGAAGUUUGGAAGUAAUUUGUGGUCAAACUACAAGUUGGGUAAAGGAAAGAAUGUAUCUGCCGUAUGAUGAGGAGCGGUCCAGCCACCAGUUUUCAUGUUCACGUCAGCGACUGUAGGAGCUACAGCCAGCGGCACAAGCUCCUUCCUGCAACGACAAUGCUCUAUCCACGAACCGUGAUGCCCAAAUCUAACUUUGGCGGUGCAAUUCCUCUGUUUUCUUCUCAGUAACGGCAGUGUUGUGACAAUCUAUAAUCCACGAAGCGUGUCAGCUUGACGGCUAGUGGUCUGAAGUUCCAAUCUAUGGAGGCCAUGGUCAAAAAGUAUCAGCAAAGAUUCAGAAAGUUCAAGGAUGAAAUAGAUCGCUGGGAUGAACUUCAAGUUCGCUUGAUUUCACAGUUCCAAAAUGUUUCCUCUAUCAUCGGUAGGGUGCAGCUGCUUCAAGAUCCUAAGAAUUUUGGAAGUCUGGCUGGCAUGGAUGGCAUCGUUGAUGCAUUAUUGGGGAAGCAGAUGGAAUCCUUGCAACUUAGUUUCUCGUCUAUUAAAAAAACAAUGGAAGAACUUGGGAAUAUUGUCCGUUCAAUGGAGAAGAUAAAUCGUGAUGGGAAGCAAUUAGUCAAAGGUGGUUCCAAUCAGCCAUCAAUGAAACAACUACAACAAAGAGUUGGUUUAAAACCCAGCCUUGAAGACUGCUUGAAUGGGUUAAUGCUUCUCUGCAACAUGCACCGUUCUGAGUACAAUCUUAAAGAAUCUAUCGUCUCGGCACUUUCAGAACUUUUCUGGAAAGCUAGAGCGCAAGAUCUCAGCUCCUUACAGCAACUCUUGGUUGACCAACCUAACAUUCGGAAAGAGGAAGUUGAAUUCAUCUUUGAGACUAUACUGGUCGGCGAAGCCUAGCUAAUAUGAGGUAAUCAAGCAAACAAUUCAAGAACGUUUGAUUUCAUCCACAUGCUUUUUUUAAGGACGAUUGGCAGGAAAAUGGAAGGGUCGAUCAAACCAAUAAACCAUCUAGAAGAUAAAAGCUCCAAGGAUAUUGUUAAUAGAAUAGAGGUUAGUUUAGUAGAUAAGGCACGUUAACGAUUCAAAUGUGGAUGAUUCCAUCUUCUAUUUUGUAAUUGUUGAACUCAAAAAAGAUUUAAUUAGUGAAUGUGUAUUUUUCAUAAUAAUCUUCACUUAAAAGAGAAAUAGUAUCCGUAUUUAUUGCCUA